AUGCGGAAGAACGCCCCGUUGGUUGGUCCGGGGCCCUUGGAGUUUCCCUCACCACUUCCCCUUGCCUCCGCCGCUCCCUUUUCCGUCCCCCCCCCCCCCCCCCCCCCCGUCCCCGUCCCUUUCCCCCCGCCCGUCCCUGUUCCAUUCCCCCCGCCCAUCCCCGUCCCUUUCCCACCACCCGCCCCCGUUCCUUUUCCCCCGCCCAUCCCCGUUCCAUUCCCCCCUCCCGUCCCCGUCCCUUUCCCCCCGCCCGUCCCCGUCCCUUUCCCUCCGCCGCUUCCCGCCCCUGUUCCCCCACCCGUUCCUGUCCCUUUCCCCCCACCCGUCCCCGUCCCUUUUCCCCCGCCCGUACCCGCCCCUGUUCCCCCACCCGUUCCUGUCCCUUUCCCUCCGCCCGUCCCUGUCCCUGUUCCCCCGCCCGUUCCCGUCCCUUUACCCCCGCCCGUUCCUGUCCCUUUUCCCCCUCUCGUUCCUGCCCCUGUUCCCCCACCAGUUCUUGUCCCUUUUCCCCCACCUGUCCCCAUCCCUUUUCCCCCGCCUGUACCCGCCCCUGUUCCCCCACUCGUUCCUGUCCCUUUCCCUCCGCCCGUCCCUGUCCCUUUUCCCCCGCCCGUUCCCGCCCCUGUUACCCCAACCUUUCCCGACCCUGUUCCCCCACCCUUUCCUGUCCCUUUCCCCCCGCCCGUCCCUGUCCCUUUUCCCCCACCCGUUCACGCCCCUGUUCCCCUGCCCGUUCCCAUCCAUUUACCCCCACUCGUCCCUGUCCCCUUUCCCCCGCCCGUUCCCGCCCUUGUUCCGCCGCCCGUUCCCGUCCCUUUACCCCCACCCGCCCCCGUUCCUUUCCCCGCGCCCGUCCCCGUCCCUUUUCCCCCGCCCGUUCCUGCCCCUGCUCCCCCACCCGUUCCCGUCCCUUUCCCCUCACCCGCCCCCGUUCCUUUCCCCGCUCCCAUUCCCGUCCCUGUUCCCCCGCCCGUUCCCGUCCCUUUACCCCCACCCGCCCCCGUUCCUUUCCCCGCGCCCGUCCCUGUCCCUUUUCCGCCGCCCGUUCCCGCCCCUGUUCCCCCACCCGUUCCCUUCCCUUUUCCCCCACCCGCCCCCGUUCCUUUCCCCGCGCCCGUUCCCGCCCCUGUUCCUCCACCCGUUCCCGUUCCUUUCCCUGCACCCGUCCCCGUUCCCUUGCCCGCGCCCGUCCCCGUUCCUUUCCCCGCGCCCGUCCCCGUUCCUUUCCGCGGGCCCGUCCCCGUACCUUUUCCCGCACCCGUUCAGGUACCUUUCCCCGCGCCCGUCCCUGUUCCUUUCCCCGCUCAUGUUCCCGUACCUUUCCUCGUGCCCGUUCCCGAUCCUUUCCCCGCGCCCGUUCCCGAUCCUUUCCCCGCGCCCGUUCCUGUACCUUUCCCCGCGCCUGUUCCCGUACCUGUCCCUGCGCCCGUCCUCGUUCCUUUCCCCGCACCCUUUCCCGUUCCUUCCCCCGCGCCCGUCCCCGUUCCUGGCGAAACCUUCCCGUUCCCUGAUCCCAUUCCUUUACCCCCGCAUCCAUCCCCGCGCCCGCCAUUGCACCCUUCCCGGUGCCUGUCAUCACACCCUUCCCCGCGCCUGUCGCUACACCAGUCCCCGCGCCAGCGCUGGUUUUGGCGGAUUUUCCACCUCCCAAGGUUUCUCCCCUUGCCGGCCGCUGCCGACAUUGCGGUCAGCUUCAUCGUGCGGCCGGACUUGUCAACACUAGACGACGAUUUUCGAGAUGUCUCAAAAAACGCAUUCGGCCUGCCGGCCGCUGCCGUCAUUGCGCUCGGCUUGAUCGUGCGCCUGGACUUUUUAACGGGAAGGGAGGAUAGAACACCGCCCCGCUCUGUCGGUUCUCGCGCCGGACGAUGUGCUUAUAUCGAGAGAUUCCCUCCGAGCCUUCAAGACGCUGGUGCGCUUCGAUCCGUCUGUUGCUCUGUGAUGGCGGCGGGAAGCAACGGCGACGCCGUGACGUGGGACAGGAGGAGCAGGAGAAACGAGAGCAUGGCUGGCAGAAUCUGGCCGCACGGGGGUUGGGCGCGGUGGAGAGUGGUGUGGAUCGAGCGUGAUCUCCGGUGGCAGGUCGGAAUGGCGAGAGGGGGGAGUCCCCGCCGCGAAUGCCGUUUGGACGCCAUCGCCAUCAUUGCCACCAUAGCUACCAGUGCCUUCAUCGCCACCAUAACCUUCAUUGCGUUCAUUGCCACCAUCCCCUUCAUUGCGUUCAUUGCCACCAUCGAGCCGAUGACGCGUUGA